GAAUUUCCUCAUCCCUUUCCAGUACUGUGACUUCCAAAACUGAAUUGAACUUUGAGGAAAUCUCCGAUUAAAACGACUGACUAUUUUAGCCUGGCUACCCAACUCUAACUCCAACACAUUUCCAUCUCUCCCCCCCACCCGCUCCACGUGGGUGGGGGGAGAGCUUCCUCUUACGGGGUGGUCCUAGAAGCUUAUCCUGGCAGACAGUGACUGUCAGUCAGGUGUCCAUCAGCAUGGAUACUGGGCAGGGCACCCCGGAAAGCCCUAACCGGGCUGUGGAGUACCUGCUGGAGCUUAACAACAUCAUUGAGAGCCAACAGAAGCUUCUGGAAACUCAACGGCGGCGCAUUGACGAGCUUGAGGUGCAGCUGGAACGGCUCAGUCAGGAGAACAAAGACCUGAGGUUGGACCGAAAGCCCUGCCCACCCCCACCUCCACCUCCUGUCCACCCUGUCCAGCCACCCACUUCUAACGCUGCAACCUCCACCAAAGUCUAUGCCAAUCAGACUCCCAACAGCAGGCCCAUCCCGAUACCCAUCCCGGCUCCAGCUCCCCCUCCCCCACCACCACCCGUGCCACCACGGGACCGUCGCGUCAAUGCCAACACUCACAUGAGACUUGGCCAAAGCCUGUCAGCUGGAGCCAAUGCCACCGAGCGAGAGAGGGUCCGAGACCGGGAACGAGACUGCACCACUACCAGUUUGGGAUGCUCCCUGCAGAGACCGCCGCAAGGAUACUCCUGCAACAAAGACAGGUCACCACACUAUUCCACCUGUAGUACUUCUACUCGUACCAAUUCUUCCACCUCCUCUACUGCUACUCCAGCUUCUACCUCUGUCCACAACAGUUUGACCGCAAACAGCCACUCCACCCACCACCAGUACUGCUGCCCCGCGCGGCUCCUUCUGCCCAAGCCGCCCUGCGCCCUCCCCCCUGCCCGGCACCCGGAGCAGGCAAGAGAGGAUGAGGACGAUGACAUCGCCCAUCAGUUCUGUUGCCCCGCCUCUGAGUGCAGUAGCCCCUCCUCUAGGUAACCAGCAGACUUGUUGGCCCAACCCCUGACAGCAUCCCCAGUAUUUCCUUGCCCACACCAACAAGACUGUAUUGGGUACACUUGUCAAUCACCUGGAUGCUAAACUUGAACCAAGUGCAUCUGAACCUGCAGCCUAAAUGCAGCUGAUCUUAAUUUGAACUGAAACCGAUGAAAAAUAUCCUUUGCACUAGCAUGUCAUCUGCAUCCUACCACCUCUCAGAAAUGGACAAAUAUCCUGUGACCGAAACAGGUAAAAGAGAUCGAAAACCAUUGCUGUACAGUAGUAACAAGGGGACAUAAUGGAAAAGAUCUGAAGUGGAAGAUCAGCCCGAAGAGAUGAAGAGAUUUUCUCCACCUCCGUCUUAUCCCCCGGUUCUCUCAUUGUCGCAGAAUAUCAGCUUCUCUUUGUUUCUUGCUUUUGUCUUUCUUCCUCUGGCCUCUGUAUCUUGUGUGCCAAACACCUGUGUAACUUUAGUACAGUCUGUGAUGUGUUUGUUCCCACAUUUAGUGUCAAAAGAAAGGGUGUGUGUGUGUGUGUAUCA